ACCGAGAGUCUCAGUCAUAUUUUCUCCUCAGGUCACUGUGGUAAUGACCACCGCCCAUAGGACAAAACUGCAUACCAAGUUCUACCAGGAAGAUAUCGUACGCCGCAUCGACUCCCCGAAUGUAUAUGCAUAUGGGAUUGUACUCAGAUGCUGGCAUGAUGCCGAGGAUAUUCCACCACUCCCAAGUCCAUUCAUGGACCCCUUAAUGAGAUCGGUGUCUCAUCGGCCUGAAGUAGUAAUGGUAUAUCUGGAAGUGCUAUCUCCGCCAUUCGUGCACACUUUCAGGGACCGAUGAGCCAGCUAAGUUCCUUGAGAUUCACUACAAGGGCGCCACUUCAAAAGGCGUACGACCUCUUGCUUUCGUGGGCAAGGGCAUCACUUUCGACAGUGGAGAAUUAGUUUGAAACCUUCAGCAGGAAUGAAACUGAUGCGUGGCGACAUGGG